AUGCCAAAGGGACACUAUUUUGUCAAGGUUUUCUUUGGGCUGGUUGCACAAACUAAUUUUGUCAAUGAACCUCUAUUUGAUGUUUUUGUCGAAGGCACUCAAAUACAUUUUUUACAGGCAGGUUGGAGUGACGAAGAUGACCAAGCAUUUGCUGAAGCCCUUGUUUUUCUUCCAAAUCACACUGCCUCUAUCUGUUUACAUAGUACUGAUCUUGGAGAUCCAACAAUUCUCUCCAUUGAUAUUCCUCAAGUCGACGAUAAGACAUACUAUUCUGGUACAAUGUGGAGUCAAGGAACAACCCUUAGAAUAACCAAAAGAUUGAGUUUUGGUACAAGGAAGUCCAAGUUCGAUGUAGAGUAUAGUAGUAAUCGCUGGGGUGGAGACAGAUUUUUUGAAGCAAUACAAUUUUUCGAUCAGAAUUCAGCCACACCAAGAUCUACUGAAAGUAGCAUUAAGCAGGCUUCAGUUUCACCAAAAUUUUAUCCAAAUGCUCUUUACAAGUCAAUAUUUAUGAAUAGUGCUGAUUAUGGAGAUCCAACAAUUCUCUCCAUUGAAAUUCUUCAACUCGACGAUAAGGUUGAAGUGGUGGAUGACCAAGCAUUUGGGGAAGCCCUUGUUUUUCUUCUAAAUCACACUGCUUCUAUUUGCUUACAUAGUACUAAUCUUGGAGAUCCAACAAUUCUCUCCAUUGAUAUUUCUCAAGUUGACGAUAAGGCAUACUAUUCUGCCACACCAAGAUCUACUGAAACUAGCAUUAAGCAGGCUUCAAUUUCACCAAAAUUUUAUCCAAAAGCUCUUUACAAGUCUGUUUUUACGAGUAGCGAUAUUCUGCUGAAUUUAACUUAUACAAUGGAUGUAGAGACCAAUAAAAACUACUCAAUUUGGUUACACUCUACUAAGAUUGUUUCUUCAGUCUCUGAUGCAGGUUGGAGUGGCGAAGAUGACCAAGCAUUUGCUGAAGCCCCUGUUUUUCUUCAAAAUCACACUUCCUCUACCUGCUUAGAUGGUACUGAUCAAGGAGAUCCAACAAUUCUCUCCAUUGAAAUUCUUCAAGUCGAAGACAAGGCAUAUUAUUCCAGUACAAUGUGGAGUCCAGGAACAACCCUUAGAACAACGAAAAGAUUGAGUUUUGGUACAAGGAAGUCCAAGGUCGAUAUAGAGUAUAGUAGUGAUUGA